ACAGCUACGUCAUUUCCGUCAGAAUCAUAGAAGAAGAACGAGGAGAAGCAGGAAGUGUGUGGAGCAGCAGUAAAAACAGAUUAGUCUGAUUAGCCUGCAGGCUAACGCUCCCUGAUAUGACUUUUCUAAGCUGAACAUGACCUGUGUGACGUCAGCGGGCGUUGCCGUGGGCGAUGGCUCUGAUUGAAGGCGUAGGAGACGAGGUGACGCUGCUGUUCGCCUCCCUGCUGCUCCUCCUGGUGCUGCUGCUCGCCUGGGUCUCCACCCGCACCUCUGAGCCCCCAGAACACCUGUUCACCUCUGCCACAGGUCCCGCCCCCUCCCUGAGGACCAGCACCGCCCACCAUGAAGCACCCCCAUCUUCCACCAACACCACCUCGUCCUCCCCCUCCAGCUCUGUGACUGACAGCUCUCAGGCAGAAGCUCCGCCCAUUAACUCCUCCACCCAGGAGGAAAAGGGUGAAGGGGGAGGGAGGGGGGAGGAGUCAGGAGAUGGAGGAGAUGGAGAAGGAGGAGAAGGAGAGCCCUCCUCCUCCUCUCAGAGAAACAUGGUGGUCAGAUUGAAGUUCUUAAACGACACGGAGAGAACGGCUCAGGUCGGACCGCAGGACACCAUCGGAUACAUCAAACGAACCUUCUUUGCGGGUCAGGAGCAGCAGGUGCGGCUCAUCUAUCAGGGUCAGCUGCUGCAGGACGACGCUCAGACCAUGGCCUCUCUAAACCUGGUCCAUAACUGCGUCCUGCACUGUCACAUCUCCCAGCACGCCAGCCGGGGGGCGGCAGGGGGGCCGCGGCCUGCCGACCAGGUGCAGGUGGCUCUGAACGUGGGGGGUCUGAUGGUGCCCCUGCUGGUCCUCAUGCUGUCCGUGCUGUGGUACUGUCAGAUCCAGUACCGGCAGUUCUUCACGGCCCCAGCCACCGCCUCGCUGGUCGGAGUCACCAUCUUCCUCAGCCUGGUGGCCUUUGGAGUCUACCGCCGCUAGCUGCACUAUGAUUGGCUGCUGUGGUGAGCUCUUUCUGUGACCUCUGACCUCUCCCAGCCUGCGGGGAGACAGACGCUCGUUUGUUUUUUUUUUUUGCCAUGGAGACGUUAACGAGGACUUUAAUUUUUAGAUCAUAUUUCUCUGUAGAUUCCUCAUCAUCGUGC